UUUCUUCCUGUUUAUGAAUCAAUAUGAAUAAAAAUGAGUCAGUGCAGAUUGUAAAGAUUCAACACUUCGGUUAGCACCUUUUCAUUUGGAUUUGUUUUAAUUUGACAAUUUUGUAUCAAAAAGGAUGAUUUUUAUUUGGACAACUCUAACACUCCAGAAAAACGUGAUGUUUCGGAUGUUUGCUCUACUAUGCAUGACACGAAUAUGUUUGGCAACUACGGCCAUUAUAGACGGGGUGGAAGUUGACUGCUUUGUCAACUGUGCUUGUUGUAACGGAGGAGCUGCUCAAUGUUUGUAUCAUAGCACAUAUGGAGAUUAUUAUUGUGUUGAUGGCUGCGUGGCCCCAAUGAUGGGUAAUAAAUGUCGUAAUUACUGUAGGGGAAACUGUCUUACAUGCAGCCAACAUACAGGAAGCCCAUGCUUUACAUGCAAAGACACAUUUUAUGAUUUAAAUAGUCUCUGCAAUAAAACAUGUUCAGUCGGAUGUGUUGGUGGAACAUGUAAUGCUGACGGAACCUGUACUACAUGUAGAGAACAUUUUGAAGGAGACAAAUGUGACACUUGUAUACAAGGGAAAUAUGGUGCAUAUUGCUCUAUGAACUGCCUUUAUCAGAACUGCCGAUGCACGGAAAUGAAUGGAUGUGAUUCAUGUAAAACAGGUUUUGCUGGUUACGUUUGCGAGAAAUGUAUAGCUGGAUAUUAUGAGGCAAACUGUAGCAAACAAUGUCCUAGCGGAUGCAGCGGAGGAAAUUGUAUGAGUAAUGGAACAUGUUUUCAGUGCGUAUCUGGUUACCAUGGAGAACAAUGCUACAAUAGGUGCUCAAAGGGUUGUAGCGAUGCAGUUUGUUAUAGUAAUGGCACAUGCACCUGUUUGAGUAGUUUUGCAGGUACACAUUGUGACGAAUGUGUUGUAGGUUACUAUGGGGAAACAUGUCAACAACAAUGCAGUGUCGGUUGUUCUACAUCGUACUGUAGCAAAGACGACGGAUCGUGCAAUUGUGAUAAGAACUUUGUUCAAGUUAAAUGCGAUGCAUGCACAAUCGGUCUGUAUGGACUGUACUGUGACUUACAUUGUUCAGAUAACUGUGCCGGAGAUACGUGUUCCAGAAUCGAUGGCGCAUGUACAGACGGUUGUGUGAACGGAUACUCGGGGAGCAAUUGCACAACCAAAUGUGAAACAGGCUGUGCCUCAUGCCAACAGUUUGAUAAAUCAUAUUGUAUAUCUUGCACUCACGGAUAUUCUGGAUCAAAAUGCAACUGUCCAUCUAAUUGCGAAUGUUAUAGAGGCGAUAAAUGUAACAUUUGUUUAGAACAGUGGAGGAAUCCUUCAUAUCAAUGUAAAUGUCAUACGAAAUAUUGUACAAGUAAUGCCUGCACCACAUGCCUAAACAGCACUUACUUUCUAAACAACACCGAAUGUUGUGAGUGUCCAAAAAACUGUAAAGGCGGCUCUUGUACAACUGGACUCAAAUGUAAUGGUGGAUGUAAAGAUGGGUUCUUUGGCAUAGAUUGUUCUCAGAAAUGUACCGAUAUUGACGAUGUGUGUUUAAAAUGUAGCCUGCUUGAUGGAAAGUGUUUCAUUUGUAAGACAGGAUAUUACCCGAACGAAAGUGGAGAUUGUGUGUCGUGCAAUGGUAACUGUAAUAAUGGGCUGUGUAAUCCUGAGACAGGCAAAUGUAUAAAGGGCUGUGUCGUAAGCUUUUGGGGAGACAAGUGUGACAUCAAUUGUUAUUCUAAGUGUGUAUCAUGUCAGCAAGAAUCUGGAAUUUGUAAUUCGUGUACAGAUCCUACUGUCCACGGUCUCUAUUGCAACGAAUCAUGCUACUUAUCAUGCGUUGGGAAAACAUGCGAACAAAGUUCUGGUCACUGUUCCCUUGGAUGCGAUGGAAAUGUUUUUGGCAAUAUGUGUCAAACCAUUUGCCCUAAAAAUUGUCUGCAAACUGGAACGAAGCCAAGUUGUAAUACCGAUGGCGACUGUUUGUAUGGCUGCAUCAAUGACCUUGAAGGCGGAGAUUGUACAGAAAGACGAAUUUACAUUGCUUCUUCUACAAAUACUGCAACCGCAGCUUUAUCAGGAAUUUUGGGCAUUUUGCUUAUUUGUACAGCUGCUGGUUGCUACAUGUGGAACAGGCGACGGUCUAAACCAGAACAGGAAGAUAAACGUGAAACCGAAAUGACAUAUGAACAGCUACAAGGACAGGCAAGAGGACAAACAUACACGAAUGUUGACGACCAUUAUUCUGUGCUUUCCGUGUAGAAAAAUUAUUAUUAUUAUUUUUGCCUUUUUUGCUAGGGGAUUUAAAUCUUAGUUUGAGUGUGUAUAACGUGUAGUUUAUUUUUGAUGUAUGCUGUCCGGUUAAUUACAGAAAUAUAUCAGUGAAAUAAGAAAUGUAGUUCAAACAUAACAUUUUGAUAUUUUAUUAAUCAAACGACAGCGCACACAGGGCAGGGACAAAGUUUCAACGACGUAAAUACCUAAAUUACGUUACGUUCGCAUACAAUUAGGCGCGCUUUUUAAUCUUAACACUUUUCUAAGGUCAUUUUAUAUCCCCUUUUUAGGCAACACCACAAGUCAAUAUUUCACUUAGGUCACGCCACUUGUGAUAUUUAGCCUUCGGUGCUCUCUCGAUAAUAUAUGUUACGAUCUUUGACUGAAACAAACAGUUAUCCUCUAAUAUUUCAGAACAAUCACUUAACUUUAUAUAACAAUGUAGAGGGUGUACAUGAUUUUGUUUUAUACAUUGUAAAUGACGGCAAGUGUGAUAUUAAGCCAACAUUUACCCAAACAGGUAAUGUUUUGUUGUAGUAUAUAUGUUGUAUUGUAGUACUGCUUAUCUUAUAUGUAAUGAAUUUGGCUUUAUUCUUAAACAAGAGUUCAGGCUUCUUGGCUUGUCCAGUAAAAAUACAAUGGUGAGGACGAAUGUAACGACUUAACUUGUAAGUUUAACGGAUCGAAAAAGAACGUCCACUACUACAUUAACAUGAGUAGAUUAUGGUGAUUGUUCUGGUGAUAUAUUAGAACCAAUUCAGUUGUCACAGAGUUGGUAGGAAACACAUUCACAAAACCAGAAUUGUCAGAUAUUGGGCUUAAUCCAAGCUCAGUUUUUUUUCUUUAAAAUCGGAACUCUGCAUUGUGUUUAUAUCCCCUGAAUUCGAGGUCUGUCAUAUCAGAGACUGAGAAAAGAGCAAAGAUGUUCUGCAGAAAAUUGCAAUUAAUUCGCAUCUUUAAUGUCACUUCAAAUGCAUUUUUGUAAUGAUCAAAACAUUCAACAAACUAACCCAUCUAAUUACCUAGCACUUUAAUCGUCCAGUUUUAUAUACGACAUGUAAUCGUAAACCUGUUUUAUAUGCCUCUCAAAAGUAUGACAUACACUUACCAAAAGAACACAAGGCCCCAAUUUCUCGAAACUCCGUUAAGGUUAACAGUAUAAAGUAGCUAUUUUCAAUAAGCUAAAAUACAUACUUCAAUUUGAUUUUGAUGAGACGAAAAUAUUUUUUGUGUAGUUAUCAUAAGAAAUUCCUUUAAAAAGUCUAAAUAUCUAAAGAUGUAAAUAUAAUGCAAAUUAUAGAAAAAAACAUUAUCAAUAAACUUCGCUUAAUCCUGUAAUAAAAUACUUAUGAAGUUUCGAGAAAUUGGGGAAAGGAGCAAUAGGGCAACAUAGUGGAACAUAAAUUACAUAAAACUCUUGAAAAACGUUAUCAAUAAAAAUACAUGUUUUUUUACUAUUUUUUUUAACAAAAAUCGGAAUUAUCUCUUUAUUAUAUAAUAUGUUAUUGAGACAUUAUUUAAUGACAUAAAUAAAACCCAUCUCAAAACAUUAUCAAGUUUAUAAAUUACAUACAUGAAAGGAUCAUAAUUGAUAACAGGUGUGUCGAACGGAUAUUUAUGCAAAAAAGCUACAGAAACAAGCUCAGUAGCAAAAUGUUUAAACAUAAACCCGGUUUAGUGGCACUGGGUAAACACCAAAGACAUAUAACAUAAAAUCACAAACAAGAAACAUAAAAGAACAGCACAAAACUUCACAGACAGCACAGUGCAUACAUACUAACACUAUUCAGGUAAUCUGUAUACAGCGCAAUUUCAACAUUGCUGCAUCACUUUUUGUUUAUGAGACUUGCUCAUGUAAUUUGAUAACUGUCAUAAAAGCUCAACGCUUCUCAUUUUACAAUUAUUUGUGCUUACCAGAUGUGUAUAGUGACAAGGAGAAGUAAUAUUUCUCCUUAGUAUUUAAGGAACCGCAAACUUAAUAUGUGUGUAUUAGCUUAUGAUUGUUAUAUAUAUGCAUACAUGUAUACUUAUAUAUAUUAAUAAAGCUUCUCUUUCGUUU